AUGUUUGUUUCAAGAGCUUCUGUUUGCUCUAGAAGCUGGAGGGGACUGAAUUUACCCCGGGCUCGCUAUCUUCAUGGCUUGAGUGGCUCCCAGAGCAAAUUCUUGAAGGUAUCAGAAGAGGUCCGUGAUGCUGUUGCGACAGGCAAGCCUGUUGUCGCACUGGAGACAACUAUUUACACUCAUGGCUUCCCAUACCCUGAUAAUAUUGCCCUAGCUCAGCUUUUGGAGUCCGUGGUUCGAGCAAACGGUGGAGUUCCUGCGACUAUUGGUAUUCUUGGGGGCAUCGCCAAAGUCGGCAUGAGUGCAGAGGAAAUCGUCGAGCUGGCCUCGACAGCAGAAAACAAAUCUGCACUUAAAGUCUCACGGAGAGAUUUGGGCUACAUCUGCGGCAUGGGUCUGGCCGGGAAGCCAAUCCAUGGUGGCACAACAAUCUCUGGUACAAUGAUUCUCUCUCAGCUUGCUGGGAUCAAAAUAUUUGGAACCGGUGGCCUAGGUGGUGUUCACCGUGGUGCUGAAAUCUCCAUGGACAUUUCUGCUGAUCUGACGGAGCUGGGACGGACCCCAGUAACGGUGAUUAGUUCCGGGUGCAAGAGCUUCCUGGAUAUCCCUCGUACACUCGAGUAUCUUGAAACAGAAGGUGUCUGCGUGGGUACCUUUGCCGAUGGCCGCGAGGGAUCUGUCGAUUUUCCUGCGUUCUUCACUCGAGAUAGCGGAGUUCGCAGCCCACGAGUUAUUCAGAAUGAAGCCGAAGCUGCCGCCAUAGUUUAUGCGCAAUCCCAACUUCCAGUCUCUUCGGGUAUUCAUUUCGCCAACCCCGUACCAUUGGAGGCAUCCGUCCCCAAAGCCGAAAUGGACCGUGUAAUCGAAGAGGCCAUUCGACUUGCAGAUGUAGAGGGCUAUCACGGAAGUGAUAACACCCCAUUUGUUCUUGCUAAAAUCAAGGAGCUGAGCGGCGGGAAGAGUGUGAUUGCCAACCGUGCCCUUAUUGAAUCUAAUGUACAGCGCGCAACCCGUGUUGCUGUGGAACUAGCUAAACUCGAGGAACUUGACCGAGGUGGUGCAGCUCGAGAAAUGCCUGCUUUCCCAAGUAUCCCUCGCUCAAAUGAAGAUACCCCCAAGCCACAGAUAACCGUACCUGAGCCCACUCUCAAGCAAGAGGUGCCUACUACUUCCAAAUCAACCGAGAAUUCAGAUGUCCUGGUCGCCGGAUCUCUUGCCAUCGACCUAUCCUGUGACUACACCCCAUUCGGUGAUGAGCGAGUCCAAGUGGCACCUACCCCACAUACAUCUAAUCCCGCUAUCAUCGGCCAAAGCCUCGGAGGCGUAGGCCACAACGUCGCACUAGCAGCCAACUACGUCGGAAGCGAUGUACUCUUCUGCAGCGUUGUCGCAGACGACCUAAGCGGCAAAGCUGCACUCGCAUCACUCGAAACAGAAGGACUCAGCACAGCGGGUAUCCAGAUUCUGCCAUCAACAUCAGGUAAUCGAACAGCGCAGUAUAUCUGUAUUAACGAUUCCAAAAAAGAUCUCCUAGUUGCAAUGGCUGAUAUGGGUAUUGUCGAACUUCCGGCGAAAGAACUCGACUUCGACGGAUUCUGGGAGCCAUUGAUCGAACGCACAAAACCAAAAUGGUUUGUUGUCGACGCUAAUUGGCGUCCUGAGGUUCUGGAUAAAUGGGUCAGUCUUGCUAAAAAGCACGGCGCACGCGUGGCUUUUGAACCUGUUUCUACGGCGAAGGCCCGUCGUCUGUUUACGAAUGAUACUGGUUCUAGCUGUAGUCCCGUUAUUGGUCCUGUGCAGACUAUCCCCAAUCAUACCGUUAGUCUUGCUUGUCCGAACCGCUUUGAGUUGUCAUCUAUGUACAUGGCUGCUCGGGAGGCCUCUCUUUUCGAAUCACCGGGUUGGUGGGGUGUUAUCGAUUCUAUGGGUCUUUCGGCGAGUGGUUCCCGGGAGCGUCUUGUGGCAAUUACCUCCGCUGCCCUUGUGGACGAGGGAUUGCCUCAGCAAUCUAUUCAGCUUCUUCCGUUUAUUCCUUGUAUUAUCACGAAGCUCGGCGAGGCUGGUGCUCUGCUGACACAACUUUUGCCUCCUGGUGAUUCCCGUCUUUCGGAUCCCGAUUACGCUCCAUAUAUUCUGGCUCGUGCAUCUCCAUCGGCGGACGUGCCUUUUGGCGGCGUGUACAUGCGCCUGUUUCCACCUGCUGCUAACUUAUCUGCCGAUGAGAUUGUCAGUGUCAAUGGUGCUGGAGAUACCUUACUAGGUGUUGUGAUUGCCGGUCUAGCUAAGAAAGACUCGUCGCUGCGUAUCGAGGAUAUUCUUUCUGUAGCACAGGAAGCUAGUCGAAGGACCCUUGCGAAUGCCGGAGGUGUUAGCAAAGAGCUAACUGGCUUACGAGAACGGCUGGGCCUGUAA